AUGUUCAACGGUGCAGUGACGUUUAGACUUCUAAGUAGGUCGUGUAUAUCACGAUCUACUAGAAUAAUAAGACCAGUGGGUCACGGUGAAACAUUGACUCGUUUGAUUACACCACGACUGUUUUCAACGAUGCCUCGCCGUUCAUUGCAUCAAUCGUGGAUCAACUUGAACAAGCAAUUACGCGACGACAAGAAUGAGGAUGAUUUAGAGAAAACUAGACGGGAAUACGAAGCCAAGUUGAACAAGAACUCUGAAAAUAAAGAGGAAUCAAAGCCACAGGUGGGAGAGGAAUCCAAUGAAAAGAAUAAAGAGAAGGAAGAAGAGAAACCCAAAGAAAAGAGUAAAGAUAAGGAAGAGGAAGAGCAAAUACGAGAGGAGUUGAGAAGGAAGUUUAUGGAGAAACAUCCUGGUGCAGAACCUAAAGAUUUCAAGAUUUACAAGAUUGAAUGGAAACAAAUUGCCAAUGUAAUGUUUCUUACAACUGCAUCAUUAUUGCUUUGGCUCUACAUUAUUUCAUCAAUGCAAGAUCAAAGAGGACAACAAGAAUUAUCAAUGCAAAGCUUUAUAACCAAUUACUUGGAAAAGGGGCUAGUGACAAAAUUAACCGUCGUUAACAAGUAUGUUGUUGAAGCUCUGUUAAUUCCUGGUGCCGUUAGCAGUGCUACUUUUACCAAACCCGACGGAUCGCCAGCUGUACUGUUUACUAUUGGAUCAAUAGAGUAUUUUGAAGAUGAGAUUAAUAAAGUUCAAGAUAGGUUGGCAAUACCUAUGGAUGAGAGAAUACCAAUUGUUUAUGAAGAAAAAGGAUCGUGGAUGAGUUAUAUCUUACCCAUUUUACCAACUGUCUUGUUGAUUGGUGGGUUGUAUUAUUUAACAAUGAGACGUAUGCCAGGGGGUGGCGGUUCUGGUGGUCCAGGCGGUGGUGCCGGUGGUGGUCCAGGUGGUAUCUUCAAGAUUGGUAAAUCAAAAGCCAAGUUAUUUAACCAAGAAACCGACGUCAAGAUCAAAUUUAAAGAUGUUGCUGGAUGCGACGAAUCGAAGGAAGAGAUUAUGGAAUUUGUCAAGUUUUUGCAAGACCCCAAAAAGUAUGAGAAAUUGGGUGCCAAGAUCCCUCGUGGUGCAAUUUUGUCGGGGCCUCCUGGUACAGGUAAGACCUUGUUGGCAAAAGCAACUGCUGGUGAAGCAGGUGUACCUUUUCUCAGUGUUUCCGGAUCGGAAUUUGUUGAGAUGUUUGUUGGUGUUGGUGCAUCGCGUGUACGUGAUUUAUUCAAAACGGCAAGGGAUAUGGCCCCAGCAAUCAUUUUUGUUGAUGAGAUUGAUGCUAUUGGUAAAGAAAGAGGUAAUGGUCGUAUGGGUGGCAAUGAUGAGCGUGAAAACACCUUGAAUCAAUUAUUGGUUGAAAUGGACGGGUUUGAUACUACUGAUCAUGUUGUUGUUUUGGCCGGUACCAAUCGUCCUGACAUUUUGGAUAAGGCAUUAUUGAGACCAGGUAGAUUUGAUAGACAUAUUUCCAUUGAUGUUCCUGAUGUCGAAGGUAGGAAAGAAAUUUUCAAAGUGCAUUUGAACAAGUUGAAAUUGCAAGCAGUUGAAGAUAUCGAUAUUAAACAAAAAGAUGUUGAUUUUGCCAAAUUUCAACAAUUGAAAAACAAUGCUAUUGAGCAAUUGGCUGGAAGAUUGGCUGCUUUGACCCCUGGUUUUGCCGGUGCUGAUAUUGCCAAUUGUGCCAAUGAAGGAGCUUUGAUUGCUGCUAGGGAAAAUGCUCUGGCUGUUGAUGUGCACCAUUUUGAACAAGCUAUUGAACGAGUUGUUGCUGGAUUGGAAAAGAAAUCAAGAAUUUUGGCACCCGAGGAAAAAAAGACUGUUGCUUAUCAUGAAGCUGGGCAUGCCAUUUGUGGAUGGUUUUUAGAGUAUGCUGACCCAUUGGUUAAGGUAUCCAUCAUCCCUCGUGGACAAGGUGCUUUAGGAUACGCCCAGUAUUUACCAAAAGAUCAAUACCUCACCUCGGAAGAACAAUUUAAACAUCGAAUGAUUAUGACUCUUGGUGGAAGAGUUAGCGAAGAGUUACAUUUCGAUACUGUAACCAGUGGUGCAUCUGAUGAUUUCAAAAAGAUUACCCAAAUGGCCCAACAAAUGAUUUUGAACUUGGGAAUGUCGGAUAAACUUGGUCAAAUUUGCUAUGAUACUGGUGAUAAUGGCAAUGGGUUUAAAGUGCACAAUAAUUACUCUGAGGAAACUGCUCGAGUAAUCGAUCAAGAAGUGAAACGAUUAAUUGAUGAAGCAUACGUGGCUUGUCAUAAGUUGUUGAAGGAGAAGAUUGAUUUGGUUGAUCAAGUGGCUGAAGAGUUGUUCAAGAAGGAAGUGUUGACGAGGGAGGAUAUGAUUAGAAUCUGUGGCAAGAGACCAUUUUUGGAAAGAAAUGAUGCGUUUGAUAAGUAUAUUCAAGGCCAGGAUGCAUUCAAAGGUAGACCCAAAACUACUGAUGAUGCUCCACCUGCUGCACCAGCAUAA